AAUCUGCCAUUAUUUUCAUCCCACGUGCAGGUUAGAACUCCCCGGGCUCCGAUGCUGUGAAAAAUGAGCGUUUUAACGAGAAAAUUGGCUUCUUUGAACCCUUCGAGACUCGGAAUAAGUGCAAUUAGUUCAAAUGCAGCUCUUGUUGACAACUGUACACAAGUGUCCAACAGAAAUCCGAGGAAUUUGGAGCUGUUGAGGAUCGCUAGGAAACCUGAUGGAUAUCAUCUGGAGAGAGUAUCUCGGAAAUUUUGGCAUGAACUAAUCAUCACACGAGGAGUUAAACACGUCGAGGUUCAUAUAGAACACAUAGAGAAUGGUCCAGUUAUCACAGCAUCCACCAAAGAAUGGUCCUUGAAGAAACGUCUCUACUCAUACCAAGACAGUUCUGCCUACAUGAAUAUAGGCAGAGUCCUCGCAGAGAGAUGCAUUGAGAGUGGAAUUUUCGCUAUUCACGUCAAUCCCCACAUGCCAAAGGGUGGAAAAAUCGAUUUAUUAUUAUCAAAACUGGAAGAGGGUGGAGUUGCCCUCGUCGAGCCUCCAGUAUACAAGAACCCCCACCCUUGGGAUCUCGAGAGACCUGAGAAACCGUGGGAUGUCAUAGAGCCGUAAAUGUAAAUAAUAAAAGUCAUUGAUUAAUCAUCAA